AUGUCUGUAAACCAGAUACACGAGUAUUUCAAUCGCGAACCCGAGAAUUGGAAUAUCUUGACAUUUUUAGAAGAAUGUAAGCUAGCAUUAUUCAAGCAAAAAGGUACUGAUUAUGCUAAUGCUCGAAAGUGGAAGAAGGAAGCUAAACCGGUCAAUGGACCUUCGGUCCACUUCCACAAAAUUACAGGUAGCUCCGUGAUCACAAUCAACAAUGGGUUAUUGGACGUGGAAGAAGAAAUUCCUCCGUUGAAAAAUAUUGUAAAAUGCGUACCACCCACAUCAGAGAAGUGGGCACAGUUGCCAUCUGGGCAAGGUGUUAAAGACAUUUUUAGUAAAAAUGUUUCGCAACUUGCAAAAUCUACAAAGGACAAAGAAACAUUGACAGCAAUAGAAAAGGCAACAUUAAGAUAUUCUGUGUCGAGAAUAAUAGACCUUUCAGCUCACAUGCAGGAUUGGUUUUCUGAUGAGGAACUUGAAUUCAUGAAAGAAGAUUACAAAACCAUCCUAAAAGUUCCCGACUUGGAAGAAGAAGUUAAUAUUUUUAUUACAGAAGUUGAAAAGAUGGUUUGGAACGAUCCAAAUAAGGCGUAUAAGUUUUGUAUGGAAAGACAAAUAAACUCAGAGGUCAAUACGUGCAUAUAUAAAAUUAGUAAAAUUUAUGGUGACUUUCUAUAUGAGGUUAAAGAUGGUACGGAUAUGCUGGAUAGUGGGGAUGAAACUCACACUGAAGUUGACAUUAUCGUGAAGGCAACUUCGUAUAUUGUGAAAGCCUUGAUCAAAGGCCUCAAAAUAUAUUAUAAAUGGGGUGAAUCGUUUUGCCCUUUGAGCAGAUCAGCAAAUUUUGAAAGAGUGCCAAUGUGUGAUGUUCGAUUUUUGAGUUCCUCGAGUGUUGAUCUUGGAGAAUGGGAGUUCGCCGUGCAUGCUAGUGCUACAAAAUCGAUUGGAGAUCGCUGUCGAUCCGCGAGAGUUAAUCAAUCCAUAUUAAAUGGAAUAUUAAAUUUGAACUUAACGGAUAACCAAGCGAAAAUUGCAAAAGUGCCAUUUCUACAAAUUGCUGGAACAUAUGGACAAAUGUUGCUCGAAGAUUUAGUAAAUGGAUUUUAUUGCGUUUUUCCUGGUGCAUCAUUUGAAUUGCCAACAAAAUUAUCUCAAAUUCACAAGUUAAGGCAAACCGUUAAAAUCUUUAAAUAUGUAUUGGAAACAUAUGACGAAACUAGUAAAAUUCUGGAUGAACUUGAUCACGGAUAA